UUAAGUAAGUGUGCACAAUAAGCAGAGAGGUGCAGAGAUUGUGCGAUCCCACCGGCCGUUUGGGAAAGACUCUUAUCCUGGAAGAGCUAAGCUUCCACUGAGCUGAGGAUUGUUGUUGUUGUUCCUCGCAGCCAGGCACCAUGGCCGACUGACUGGACUCUCACAGGAAACAGGAAGUCAGUCGGAGCCGAGGUGACAUGGCUCUCCGCCGGUCGCCUUCAUCCACCUGUGCAGAGCUGGGGUCCAACGGCGCGGGGUUCAGCCGGGUGUCCACCGCGCUCAGUGAGUCCUCGUCCAUCUACAGCGAUCCCCCAUGCACCCUGACCCGGGACGCCUCCGGCACUGGGCUGCGGCCCCGCAGCGUCCUGGAGCCUAAGGGUCACCAGGAGGAGGCCACCGCUGAGGAGUCUCAGAGCCUACUGCAGGUUGUAGACGCACCUUCAAGCCCUCAAGCCAGCAGCGAAGGUCAGUACUUUUGCGAUGGCCUGCGGAAAGUGGACUACGUUUUGGUUUUUCAUCACCGGCGGCACGGCUCCCUGCGAUCCACCGGCGCUGCCUCGGUUUCGCAGGAUCAGCUGUCCAUCGUGUCAAACGGCAACUUCCCUCCUCCGUCGGGCUCCUCCGACGCAGCGGCCGGACGAGGAGCCGGCCCCCGCAGGGAAGAGGCAGCGAGCGCCGGGGAGGUGUUCAUGGAGCUCGGAAUGGCGAGGGGCGGCGAGCCGAUGGAGGCCGCCGACCACGAGAUGCACCUGAUCAGACAAGAGUUUGAGGCCAACCUCCUGGAGGCGGGGCUAGAAGUGGAGAGAGACAGAGAGACGAAGGCCCACGGGCCCAGCUUCACUCGGAUCCACGCGCCGUGGCCCGUGUUGUGUAGAGAGGCCGAGUUUCUCAAGAUUAAAGUUCCCACCAAGCAGAGUUACGAACUCAAAGAGGAAAGUGGCUUUGGGUCCAGUAUGAGCUCGCUGUGGAGGAAACUGAACCAGCCCUUUGAGCCCAAAAUACCACACCAGGACCACGGCAGCACCAAGUUCCUGUCCCACUGCUUCUCCAGAGACAAACUGCACAUGUACAACAUCACAUCUAAGGACACGUUCUUUGACAACGCCACGAGAGGCAGAAUAGUCUAUGAGAUCCUGAGGCGGACGGUGUGUGUACGAACAUGUCAAACUGUAGUGUCCCCCAUAUGUCUGGUUGGCUGGCCCAUGGCAGCAGACGGCCUCAGCCAGCAGGUUCUCACAGAGCUACAGGGGAGGAACGGCAUCAGCACAUUGAUAGCCAAGGGCGUAUAUGACGCCGCCUUCCCUCUUCAUGACGGUGACUUUAAGGUCACUGGACCCCUGGAGGAACGCAACGACAGACAGGUUCUCUUCGAAGAGUGGGCAAGAUACUCGGCCUUCUACAAGUACCAGCCCAUUGAUCUGGUCAGGAAGUACUUUGGAGAGAAGAUUGGCCUGUAUUUUGCCUGGCUUGGUGUUUACACCCAGCUGCUCAUCCCGGCCUCCAUUGUGGGAAUCAUCGUGUUUGGAUACGGCGUGGCGACGGUGGACACCAACAUCCCCAGUUUGGAGAUGUGCGACGAGCGUCUCAACUUCACCAUGUGUCCGCUGUGCGACGGCGCCUGCGACUACUGGCACCUCAGCACGGCCUGCGGCACCGCCAGGGCUUCGCACCUCUUCGACAACCCCGCCACCGUCUUCUUCGCCAUCUUCAUGUCUCUGUGGGCCGUGUUGUUCCUGGAGCAAUGGAAACGGCGACAGAUCAGCCUGAGUUUCAGCUGGGAUCUGACGGGAAUCGAGGACGAUGAGGAACAUCCCCGGCCAAAGUAUGAGACUAUCCUCCUGGAGAAGCGACAGAGGAAGCAGCAGAAGAAGAAGAAAAAGAAGAAAAAGAACGAGCCAGGGAAGCAGGAGGACGGGACAGUGACAGGGAAGGACAGAUGGAGACAAAAACUGCUGUCUGCCAUGGCUGCAGGAGUACCGACGGUCGCCGAGAAGUUGACGUGGAAAGACCGUCUCCCUGGAUACUUCAUGAACAUUUCCUCUAUCCUUUUCAUGUUUGGACUGACGUUUUCAGCAGUUUUCGGCGUAAUCGUCUACCGCAUCACGGUCUCGGCCUUGAUGGCGAUGAGCCCGGACCCUGAGACCAAGUCCAACGUCCGGGUGACCGUGACGGCCACCGCUGUCAUCAUCAACCUUGUGGUCAUCCUGAUCCUGGAUGAAAUCUACGGCGCCGUGGCACUGUGGCUGACUGAACUAGAGAUUCCUAAAACAGAAACCAACUUCGAAGAGCGCCUCAUCCUCAAGGCCUUCCUGCUCAAGUUUAUGAACGCAUACGCUCCCAUAUUUUAUGUGGCUUUCUUCAAGGGACGGUUUGCGGGUCGACCUGGAAGUUAUGUGUACGUCUUCAAUGAUUAUCGCAUGGAGGAGUGCGCACCAGGAGGCUGCCUCAUCGAGUUGUGCAUUCAGCUCAGCAUCAUCAUGCUGGGCAAGCAGCUGAUCCAGAACAACAUCUUCGAAAUCGGGAUCCCGAAGUUAAAGAAGCUGAUCCACGCGCUGAAGGAGAAGAAGCCGACUCUGAAGGAGAAGGACGGGGAGCGGCCUCCCCAGCAGUGGAACCUGGACUACGCUCUGGCUCCGUUUGAAGGCCUCACACCGGAGUACAUGGAGAUGAUUAUCCAGUUUGGCUUUGUGUCUCUGUUCGUGGCGUCGUUCCCUCUGGCCCCGCUCUUCGCCCUGUUGAACAACGUCAUUGAAAUCAGGCUGGAUGCCAGGAAGUUUGUCACAGAGUUACGCAGGCCAGUCACUGCACGGGCUAAAGACAUCGGCGUAUGGUACAACAUUUUGAGCGGAAUGGGCAAACUGUCGGUAAUAAUAAAUGCCUUUGUGAUCUCCUUCACGUCAGACUUCAUCCCUCGGCUCGUCUACCAGUACAUGUACAGCCAGACGGGCACCAUGCACGGAUUCAUCGACCACACCCUCUCCUUCUUCAACGUUUCCAAUUUCAAGCCUGGCACCGCGCCACACAGCUCGGCCCUCGAAGACAUCACUGUCUGCCGGUACAAGGACUACAGGGAACCCCCCUGGUCUUCUGAUGCGUACCAGUUCUCCAAGCAGUACUGGUCCGUUCUGUCUGCCAGACUGGCCUUCGUCAUCUUGUUCCAGAACUUGGUGAUGUUCCUCAGCCUCAUGGUUGCCUGGGUGAUCCCAGACGUCCCCAAGACUAUCGUGGAGCAGCUCAAACGGGAAAAGAAGCUCCUGGUGGAUCUGUUUCUGCAGGAGGAGAAGGAGAAAUUCCAGCUCAUCCAGAGCCUCUUCGUCAAGCCCAACAGCCAGUCGCCCACAGCGGGCCCGGCCUUCCCCGUUCUGGGCAGAUACAGCACUCUGCCCUCGGGCCCCACAGCCGGAGACGGAGGGGGGCCGAGGGCGAGGUCCAGGGCCGCCAGCUUCAGUCAGUUCAGCGACAAGAUGUCUUCGUUGCCCAGGAAAGAAAACGCAAACUCAAAGCACACGGCGGUGUGACGCGUUCCGUUCCGCCUGGUCAGGGCAGAAGGAUUAAGUUUAAACGGGGCCUGUAAAGCCAACAGACUCGGCCCUUUUCCUGUGUGUUGCCUGUAUCGUUUGUGUCCUGGUGUGUGUGACACGGUAGUGCGGUGGUGAUGUCAUCACAGGUCUCCUGCAGAAGUAUAGACUGGUCCUUGCUGGCCUCAGUGUGUGGCUCUUUAACAGUCAGCCCUGAACGAACGGCUGUGUGAGAGUUCUGUUCCAACUCGCACGACUGUUCACCUGACAAAGUGUUGUCAUUUUUCUCCUUUUUCUUUUUUGUACAAUCUAUUUAGUGAGGCACAUGAGCUUCAUAGCGUAGAGAAGCAAUAAUUACUAUAUUAGGUUGAAUAAGUGGUCAGGAACCUGGAAGAACUGCAAACCAACAGACUACUUUGACAGGAAACACUAACCCACCAACAGACUGACCAACAUCGUGGCUUAAACUUUAGGGCUGUCUGAUCUGUGAUUUUCCUACUUUGUGUAUUUUUGUUUACAGAUUUUGUAGCUCUCACGACAUUCCACAUUUUCUGGACUGUUUUUGAUUCUCUUUAUAAAUUACUAAUAACUUUAAAGGUGGUUUACCCAACCGAUGGUGACCGGUGAUGACGGCUGCUGGUUGGUUCCUUCGGCCCCGCUCUAGGUGCUGAUGGAACAGGGAAAUGCCAAUAUGGCACACUGUGGUGCCGUUCACCUCCCUCCAAACUGUAGUAUCAGAACUCCAUGAUCUCUGAGGCUGAAAAUCUCUUCUGAGCCAUAAGGAACUUUUGCUGUCCUCACCAUGACACUAAUGGACAGAGUGAACUACACUCACUGUGUUUCUGCUAAAUGAAUGAAAAACUACAUCCACAUUCCUUUAUAAUGAAGCAGUGGAGUUCUCCUGGGAUCAGGGUUCUGACCGAUGACCUUUAUGUUGCGUUGGUGAACUUCAAAGUCUUCGAUUCUUCAGACGUUACACAGGUUCUUCCAAAAAUUCGCACCCCUCGAGUUUUUUUCCCCACAUUUUGUUACAAUCGCAUCCACAAAUUUGACUGUUUAUUAGGAUCUUAUGUGAUAGAACAACACAAAGUAAUUCAUAAUUGUGAAGUGGAAGAAAGAAAGGAAGAAAGAAGACGUUUUUCGGCAUUGAGUUUGCAUGCUCUCGCAGUUCAAGCAUAGAUUGUCUCCGGGUACUCCUACUUCCUCACACAGUCCAGAAACAUAACUCUUCAGUUAAUUGGUUUAUCUAAAUUGUCCCCAGUGAUGAGUGUGUGCGUCCAUGGUUCCCUGUUCUGUGCAUUUGUGUUGCGCUGAGAUGUACUGGGAACUCACUUAAGGGUAUUCUGGUAAAAGCCAGCUCCUUGUUCUGGACUUCGCUUUGUCCAGAGAGACUGGUCUCUCGACUGUUGAGAAGCAAUCGCUUGCUGGAGGAGUGGACUUUCAAACAACUGGAUCUCAUGUUGCCCAGUCGCUAUCAUCUGGCUGUGACAUACGUAAUGCUCCAGCUUGAUCAAGCUUACCGGAAAUUGUGUGCGCUGUAAACAACUCCGUGGGGAGUAAUGCCAAGACAUCUUUUGCCAGCAAUAAAAUGUCUUAAACAUUCA